AAAUUAUCACCAGAGUGAUUUUCGCUUUUUGUUAAUUUGUUUUUCAUUAGAAAUUAUUAAUUAACUAAUUGUGAUCUUUUUCUUUUGUUUAUUUUUAAUUGUCUCAUCAUUUUGGAAUUAAUUAUGGCCUCUAGUAAUCAAGCAUUGAGUGUCUAUCGGGAAUUGGUGGCUGAGUUUAACCGAAAACCUCCAAAGUUGAACCAUUGUUUGCAACUAUUGGAUCAGAUUAAAAUUCUGUUGACUCAAAUAUCAUUUCUACCAACUAAUAAUGAAGUUAAUAAACAAGAUUUAAUUAUUUCCCGUGAUUGUCUAGAAAUGGGGGCACAAAUUAGUGUCGCUUGUAGAGAUAUCCCUUCAUUUGAACGAUAUCUGUCACAAUUGAAAUGUUACUAUUUCGACUUCAGUGAUGAACUUCCUGAAUCUGCUUACAAAUAUCAACUUCUUGGAUUGAAUCUAUUGUGUUUACUUUCUCAAAAUCGAGUUGCUGAAUUUCACACCGAAUUGGAACUUCUUCCAGCUCAUGAAAUUCAAAAUAAUAUUUAUAUCAAACAUCCAGUUAGUUUGGAACAAUGGCUGAUGGAAGGUUGUUACAAUAAAGUUUUUCUCUCCAAAGAGAAUGUACCUGCCGAAAGUUAUGGCUUUUUUGUGGACAUUCUAUUGAAUACUGCGGAAGAGAUCGCCAAUUGUUUGGAGAAAGCAUAUGAUUCAAUCAGUAUCGGAGAAACGGAUCGUAUUCUUUUCAUCAACAACAUCUCGGAAUUGAAAAAAUUUUCAGCCAAACGAAAUUGGAGAAUAGAAGGAAAUUUACUUAUGUUUAAUACUACAACCAAAGAAAUUAAACCUUCUUUCAAUAAUGAGAUUCCAUGUGAACAAUUAGCCUGUAAAACAUUGGAAUACGCAAGAGAAUUGGAAAUGAUCGUUUAAGAAAGAUAAAUGGAGUAACAAAAUCAACAACAAUUAAUGGAAUUGUGAAACAAAAUCUUCGAACCUAAAGAAAAAAAAUAUCUUCUAACAUUUUCUAUUGGUGGUGUUUAAACAUUCAAAGAAAAAAAAAUUAAAUUGAAAAAUGGAAACACUAAUCAAAUCUAAAAGAGAGGAAAAAGUUUUAUUCCAAACUCGCAUGGUGACCUGAAUCACGAAAAUUGAGCCGAUAAAAAUUAAUUAGAAAUUUACCUUGAAACAAAAAAUACAAGUUAACUCGGUGGGUUAGUUGAUUAAAUCUUUGAUUAUAAGCAAUCUGAA